UACGUCAAAACGCGUCAUUUUCAAAAGUUAAUAGAGCCAGUAACUGAUCGAAAGGGAUAACAUUUUGCUGUCCUAUUCGCAACAUGUCAACUUACUUUACAAAUAUGAUAGCUAUCGCACUUCUGAUAUCUUGGUGUCUAGUUGUAAACGCAGAUAAGACAGAAUGCCAACGGUCAAACUGCGAAGGGGACAUGACAUCAACUAUUACGUGUCAAGAAUAUUACUGGAUUCGUAUAACAAGAGUGAAAAAUAUUGCUGAACGAACGUGCAAUGGCUUUAAGAUAUGUGAAAGCCAAAUCCAACAUCCAAAUAACACAAAAAGCAAAUGCAAUGGUUACACCAAAUGUACAUUCCAAAAUAUGAUUGCUGAAGAUGGCCAAGGUGAACAGUGCAAGACAUAUGACGAAGAUGGGAAUGUAAUAUUGCAUAAAACGACAUCUCAAGAAAUCUGCUUCGAAUGUUAUCCAGUACCCACGACUA